GACCACAUGCAGGACUUCAGCGACCCAGUGUGGAACCGCCUGUGGUACAUUCAGUGCAGUGACUCCAAAGCCUGCCAGUCUCACAUGAACAUUGCAGCGGCCUGGAGGAGAGGGUACACUGGGAAGGGUGUGGUGGUGUCUGUCCUAGAUGAUGGCAUCGAGAGAGAGCAUCCGGAUCUGAAGCCAAAUUAUGAUCCUUUUGCCAGCUUUGAUGUGAACGGACAAGACCAAGAUCGUUCUUCUACCAGUGCUGUUAACAACCAUGGGACUCAGUGCGCAGGGGUGGUUGCUGCAGCUGCAAAUAGCUCUCGGUGCACCGUUGGAGUUUCUUUCCACGCACGCAUAGGCGGCAUCCGAAUGCUGGAUGGAGAUGUAACAGACAUUGUGGAGGCCCAGUCGCUUAGCUUCAGUUCAGGGUAUAUUGAUGUUUACUUAGCCGGCUGGGGCCCAAAAGAUGACGGGGCCACUCUGGAUGGACCUGGACCUCUGACUCGUCUUGUUUUACAGAACAGCGUUCAAACAGGCCGGCAAGGGAGGGGCUCCAUCUUUGUUUGGCCGUCAGGAAACGGAGGGGAAAGAGGUGACUACUGCUCCUGUGACGGCUACAGCAACAGUAUUUACACUAUCUCUAUCAGCAGCAGCACUCAGCAUGGAAGCCAGCCAGAUUACCUGGAGCCGUGCCCCUCCACGCUGGCAACGGCGUACGGCGGAUGGGACAGAGAGGAGAUGGUGACCGUGGGUCCACAGCAGAGCUGCAGCACGGCCCAGUCAGGGACUUCCCUCGCCGCCUCUGUAGCUGCCGGUGUCAUUGCUCUCACCUUGGAAGCCAACCCCUUGCUAACCUGGAGGGAUUUGCAGCACAUUAUUGUCCGUACAUCAAAAGCUCAUCAUCUCAGUGCUCCUGACUGGCGUGUAAAUGGAGCCGGAUACAAAGUGAGCCACCUGUACGGCUUUGGCCUGCUGGAUGCUGAGAGCAUGGUGAAGGAGGCAGAGCGCUGGAAACAAGUCCCCUCACAGCAUGAAUGUGCGGAGGAGGCUGCCAUCCAGCUGAGCAGGCUUAUUCAUCCGGGCUCAGUGCUAAUGUCUGUGCAUGAGACUACAGGCUGCUCCAGCAAGGCCCCGCAGCACGUCGCUUAUGUGGAGCACGUCGUGGUCCGGGUUAACAUAAGCCACGGUCGCCGUGGUGAUCUCUCCAUCACCCUCACGUCACCUUUGGGCACCACGUCGCAGCUGCUGGCAAACAGGCCUCUUGACAACUCCACCGAGGGAUUUCAGAACUGGGAAUUCAUGACAGCUCACUGCUGGGGGGAGCAAGCAGCGGGGGAAUGGACUUUGAAAAUCCAGGAUACUCCCUCUCAGAAGAAAGACGGCUCCAAACUAGGGGUGCUGGAGAAGUGGUCCCUGGUGAUUUAUGGCACAGCGGAGCGCCCGUAUCCUGCGCACCGCGAGCGAGCCAGAUCAGCUGAGAUUCCGACGGAUAGCGAAGAAUACAGCGGACCCUGCGACCCAGAAUGCAAUGAUGAUGGCUGUGAGGGGCCAGGCCCGCAGCAGUGUGUCACAUGCUUGCACUUUUUUCUCAAGUUCAAGAACAACACAAGGUUGUGCGUAUCAGGAUGUCCCAGGGGAUUCUGGGGUGACCGUCGGCGUUGUAAGAGGUGCUACGCCUCCUGUGAGAGCUGCACUGGAAGUCGGAGUGACCAGUGCACUUCCUGUCAGCCUGGCCAUCACCUGACUGAGGGGACCAAUACCUGCACAGCGAUCUGUGGGGAAAACUACUACCUCGACCACGAUGCAAACAUGUGCAGAAAGUGCAGUGAAAACUGCUUGAAGUGCACCUCCUACAGCAUCUGCACAGAAUGCAAACCACACACAAGUCUACAGGGGAACCGGUGCCAGCGGAGCUGCGCAGCCGGAUUCUACCAUGACCCGCAGGAAGUCACGUGCAAGCCUUGUCACCAGGCCUGCGCUACCUGUGCAGGUGCAGGUGUUGAGGCGUGCAACACUUGUGCAGAAGGCUACUUGAUGGAGGAGUGGAGGUGCGUGUCCUCCUGCAGUGCUGGCUUCUACGCCACAGAACCAAACCCAGAGAUAGCUGAUGGGCACAGGAUAUGUAGGAGGUGUGACGCCAGCUGUCUCACCUGUGUGGGGCCGAGCCGAUGGAACUGCAGCAGCUGUUCCAGCGGUCACAGCCUGCAGAGGGGAGCAUGUGCUGCUGACACCGAGUGCACGGACGGAGAGUACCAGGACAGUAACGGGGAGUGCCACGCGUGCCACGCAACGUGCCUGAAGUGCACAGGGCCGCAAAGCNUUGAUGUUGCCUGCUGCAGGGCUCUGGAUGAGGGCCGCUGUGUGGUGGGAUGCGCCAGUGGGAAGUACCAGUCGGGUGGCCGGUGUCACCUGUGCGACCACACCUGUGCCACGUGUGUGGACGCGGGGCCAGCCAACUGCACGAGCUGUGACACCGAUAAGUUUAAGGUGGAGCGUUACCUCUAUAAAGGCAUGUGUCUGGACGCCUGUCCUGAGGCUUUCUACCACACCAAGCAGAGGACCUGCGAGCCCUGUGUAGACCACUGCCGACUCUGCACAGGCCCCAACCACUGCCUGAAGUGUAACGCCUCCUACUAUGUCUCUGAUGGAUCCUGUGUUAAGCUGGAGUGUGGGGAAGGUGAGGUGGAAGACCCAGAUUAUGACGACUGCAUGGCCUGCGAGCAAGGCUGCAAGAAGUGUGUCCUGUAUAACCCCAGGCAUUGUCUGUCCUGCAUUGAGGGCUUUUACAAUUUCCAGGAUGGCUGCUACAAAAACUGCCCGGCUAAGACGUACAGCGUAGAAGAAGAAAUGACCUGCAUCCCGUGUGACGACAACUGCGUGAGCUGCGAUGAACACGAGUGCUACUGGUGUGAGAGCGACCUCUUCUUAUUAGAGGGGAAGUGCGUUUCAGAAUGUCCGGAUGGUUUCUACGGCGAUGAAGACUCCAAUAACUGCGAGGAGUGUCACUCGGACUGUGUGACAUGUAGCGGCCCCGAGGACGAGGACUGUCUGUUGUGUGAGGAGGGAAAGGCGCUAGAAAAUGGAGAGUGUGUGUCUGACCAUGAGGUCUGUCCCAUUAAGACCUUUCUCAGCGAUGGGGAGUGCGAGGACUGCCACCCAUCCUGUGAGUCCUGCGCUGGACCGGAGAAGAACCAAUGUACAAAAUGUGCAAAAGGGCGAUUUUUGACCACGCAGCAAACAUGUGUGUUAAAGUGUCCGGGGGGCUUCAUUGCCAGUCAGCUGAGCGGUGUGUGCGAGGCGUGCCCUGCAGGUUGUUUGCAGUGUGUGGACGCUCAGCACUGCAUCCGCUGCCAGAGUGCUCGCAAAGCUCAGUUGUUCCUACAGGAUGGGCAGUGUGUUCAAGAGUGUGUGAGGGGCUUUCCUGCAGGCCAGGUUUGUCAUAGCUGUGCACCUGGCUGUGCAUCUUGUGCGAGGAAUGCUACCCACUGCCUCAGCUGUGAAGAACCUCUUCUCCUACACAAGCACCAGUGUGUAGACAAGUGUCCUCCAGCACACACUGUGCAGGAGAGAGAAUGCCAACCCUGCCCCUCAGCCUGCCAGGAGUGCGACCCACUCGGCGUUUGCACAGGCUGUGAGGAGUAUCACUUUCUCCACGAGGGCCUGUGCAUGCUGGACUGUCCGGAGAGGUUCUUUGAGGACAAAGAGCAAGGGAGGUGUUUGCAGUGCCACCUGGACUGCGCUUUGUGCGACGGGCCAAACAGCAACGACUGUGACGCCUGCACGGACGCAGAGGCCACCCUGCACAACGGGGCGUGUCUUGGAGCGUGUCCCUCCCAUACCUUUAUGGAUGGUAUAACAGGAGACUGUAAAGACUGCAAUACAUCAUGUCUCACGUGCUUUGGACCUCAUGCUAGCUCCUGCACCAGCUGCAGAGAGGGUCAGAUGCUGGAUGGUAACAGCCAGUGCAUUCCAUCAGCCAGUAAGUGCUCGCCUCACCAGUACAUAGACCAGCACGGGGAAUGCCAUCCGUGUCACAAAUACUGCUACAGGUGUUCGGGUCCUGGCAAAACCCACUGCCUGAGCUGCAACCCAAGACAUCUCCUGCUCAAUGGCACCUGUGUGGAUCAAUGCCCAACAGGCUACUACGAGCAGGAGUCUGGGCAGAAAUGCGAACCCUGCCACGCUUCUUGUAAGUCCUGUGUUGGAAAGCACAACCACGAGUGCCUCACAUGUAAAGCCCACCUAUUUCGAGAGGGCAAAGAAUGCGUGGAGACCUGCCAGCACAGUCACUAUGGAAACACUGCCUCAAGAAUGUGUGAAAAGUGUGACCCCAGUUGUGGUGAGUGUAUUGGCGAUGAGGAGAACGGCUGCCUGAGCUGCGCUCCGGGCCUCAUUUAUUUGCGGAAACAAGGCCGUUGUCUCGCCUCAUGCCCUCAAGGAUACUACCAUGACACUGUGCACAGGACCUGCGAGCACUGCCAUGCCAGCUGCAGAACCUGCUCAGGAAAACUUCCCGAGUCCUGUGACUCCUGCUACCCUGGUUACCUGCUGUCAUAUGGCAGGUGUGAGUCCAUAUGCGAUAAAGGCCAGCAUCCCAUAAUAAAGGGUUCAAGCCACUCGUGUGAAGACUGUGAUAGUUCCUGCCUGGAGUGUCGGGGACCCGGUCCGUCCAACUGCACAGUGUGUUCUGCUCAGGCUAUUUUAGAGGCUGGAGGGCGCUGUCUACUUUGUUGCCACCACGAAGAUGAAGAGGAAGACACCAAAACCCAGCAGCAAGACUGUUGUAACUGCACAGAGACACGGGGUGAGUGCAUUCUCAGCACCAACUUGGCAUUCAGGAAUGAGGAGGAAGAGGAGGCCAGAGGUAACCUGACAGUCUUCAUUAUAGCCUGCGUCCUGCUGGUGCUGGUUCUGGUCACCGUCGUCAUCCUUAUCAGACAUUCCCGCUUGAAAAACGUGCGCUCAGACAUCCCUCCCCGUGGCUAUGAAAAGCUGGGCUCCGGUGGGGGAUACGGAGGCGGCUACAGCUCUGCUUCUUCUUACAGCGGCAGAGCCGGCUCCUCUGGCGGCCGAUUUCAGGAGUCCCAGCUGGUCGACCUCAGUGAACGUCGCUCAGGGAAUAAGGAUGAUGACAAUGAUGACGACGAUGAUGAAGAUGAGGACAUUGUUUACAUGGGCCAGGAUGGCACAGUGUACAGGAAGUUCCGAUACGGACAGCUGGGAGAGGACAACGAGGACGAGCUGGAGUACGACGAUGAAAGCUACACGUUCCGGUGAACGUGAUGCUUUCCAUCUCAUAAGAUUUCUUUUGCAAUUCUUUCCUUCUUCGUUUCUUCCCCAGUGCUGUUUGUCUCCCCCUUCCCCCGAGGGACAGAGUCAUUUAUCCUUUACUGAAUGAGCCUGACCAAAUGAAACAUGAGAUGCUGUUCAUAAUGAGCUCUGUUUUUAUAACUGCAUUCACACAAUGAAAUGUGUUGCAUUUAAAAACAGUAAAAUGUAUUUAAUACUCCCAAACUUCCUUUUUUUUAAAAUAAAAUUAACAAAAUUAAGCUUUAUUCGCCACACCCGGUUUGUAGCACGAAGAUUUCUGCGUAUCUUUAACAUUUCAUCGUGGCAGUUUACUUGUUGUGAUGGUUUCAUUGAUCAUAUUACCAUGUAUAAUUGUGUUGGAUUGGGGUUUAAAAUUUGAUUAAUCACCCUGUUUAUGUUUGUUUUUCUCUUUUACCCAUGUGCUUAUUGUUGUUGAUAUUUAAUUUGAGUAUGUGUUAUCCUGGUUAUUCUGUUCAAAUAAAG